CCCAAAAGGCCCGCUGAUACCUUGGAAAUCUUAAAAAAAAGGCACCCUCUCAUUCAUCGAGCUUGCUGUCCCCGAGCCAUAUCUACCUUUGAGCGAUUCUUGAUCUCAUCUUCCGGAUACGUACUUCUCCGCCCCAUUAGGUCUACGCCAUCUCCUCUCUAAAAUGCUCUUCGGAUCCUGAAACUUCUAUCUUCUUGUCGAUCUCUCGUUCUUCGACUCUUUACAGUCUACUCACUUUGACAUCCUCCGGCAAUUCUUCUCUUCAUCCUCCCGUCCUUGACAAUCAGUAGUCUAGUUGGCGAAAGAAGCAACGAGGCAGGGAAAAACUAGGCUGAGCUACUCCAGAAUACAUUAACUCCAAUGAUAACCGUUGCCUCGUGAAGAUGGCUGCCGUGCUUCCCGCCUCACAGGAGAGGCAUACGCGACUUUCUCCCGAUCCGCUACGGUACCCCAUCGCUCAAAGAUACUUCUUGGAAGAUUCGGACGUGAUCACCGUAAAGUCGCCUACCAAUGAUUACUCCCCAAGAGAUUGUCGGAGUCCAAUGGUAUCCUCGGCGCUUUCUCCAUUUCCCCAUUCUCCCGAUUUCGCCGGGACCGCCCCUGCAACCAUUGGUAGUCUAUCAUUCUGUGUACGUGAUGGGCAGAAUGAUGAUGUUGAUGAGAUAAUACUGCCCUCAUAUGACGCAGGCCCAUGCGUCCCCAAGUUACCUGAAGCUCCUAGCGAAGCCUCGACCGAGUCAUCGACGGACAUGCACCGUAUGAACUUGCCGAGACCGGCCGACGACAGUUUGAUUGAAGAAGAGCCAUCGAGACACGUUGAUUACCUCGCCCAUGAGUGGAAGGAGGAGGAUAUAUGGGCCUCUUGGCGAUAUGUGGUUGCCCGGCGGGAAAUAUACGAUCACGGCGUGAGGUUAGAGAAUGCGUCGUGGAGGACUUGGGCAAAGCUGAAGCUUAACCGGGGAACAGUAUCGCCGGAAACUCUCAACUGGCUGAAGGACUACGACGUGACCUGGCUGUAUGGCCCGUUAAAGUCGUGUAGGAAGCGCAAGACUGUAUCCAACGUCUCGCCACCCCCAAGCCGCCUUGAAACGCCCACUGAUAGAAAGCCGAUCCUGAAGAAAAGGACGGCUUCUGAAACGAUACUGCAGCGUUCCCUGUCGCAGCAUACUCUCCUACAGCAUGCGGGCGCCAUUUUGAAGGCACAGGAAGCGGAGGUCAGCCGUAAUCGGCCGUCCUUCUACCGUUACCCAUCAAAUCUGGGACACACAUUCAGUCAGUCUUCCGAGGGUUAUUCGCGAACGUCCUGCACGGCCACGCCCAUCAAUGGGUCAUCGGGAACAGGUUCACCCUGCGAAAAGCGUCAUAUACAUUUCAACGACGAAGUCGUGCAGUGUAUCGCAGUGGAGGUGAAAGAUGAUGACGACGACGAUUGGCCUGCAAUGAACGAUGACUCCUCUUCGGAUGAUGGCGUUGUCCUGAUGAGACAUGGCUCAUGGCAAACGUCGACAAGCGAGAGGAGUACUACCCCACGAAGCAGCUUUAGCAGUGACAACAGGACCAUUGCACCACUUCCAUCUACUACACUUAAGUAUCGGGGCGACACCCCGGAGCCACCGGUGGAUUCAAUACUCAAUCGGUGGUCUGGUUACUUUUCGUCGUACUCUUCUCACUCUGUUGAGACAACUCAAGCCUCAGAGCCGGCGGCAAACUUCUUUCUGGACGAAGCGGACAAUGAUCUAGAUUUCAAUUGGGAGCCAACUCAAAGAUUCCACGAUUCGACCGAUCGAAGUCGACCGUGGUUUGUUAACCCCGAAGACGAUGCGGAACUUGACCGACAUUGUCUUUCAGCUUCGGGAGCCUCCUCAUACGAUGAUGCGGAAUCCACCAAUGCUAGUAUUUUUGAUCGAGUGGUUGAUACCGUCAACACCGCUAAAGACAUUGCGCAUGUAAUAUGGAAUGUGGGCUGGCGGCGAUAAUCGACCAUAUACCCGCCGCCGACUCCAGGAGAAUGUCGAUCACCUGACGUCCUCAUUCUCUGAGGGAUCUCUCUCUCUUUCUCUGUCUCUUUUUGUUUUACAUGGACUUCGGAGGGCUAGGCUCGUGCCCUAUGUCUUUCGAAAUGCGAUACACUGACUAUUGGCGUUUGCAGCGAUUUUCUUCGCCUCCUCAUCCUUUAUCAUCUUUUCUUUCUUUCUACGU